AUGCAGAUCAGAACUGUCGCACUAGUCAUCAGCAUCCUGACUGGGGCCUUGGCCAUAGCGUGGCCAUCGCUGCCAUGGCACUUGCUGCGGAGCAAGGACAGCGGUGCUACCUGCCCCCUGGGCUUUGGCAGUCUCAGCAGCGAGCUGCCCUCUCCACAUGGUGACCGUCUGCCUGGGCUGGGCCCAACCGGCAGCCCGCCCACGCUGGUCCUGUAUGCCAAUGCCAGAGUGUGGACCGGGGAGGCCGCUGCUCCGCACGCCCAGGCGUUUGCGGUCGACUCCGCCACAGGGCGCUUUGCCUAUGUGGGCAGCCGGGAUGGAGCACCCGCCGCGGCACAAGAGGUUGAUCUGCGGGGCGCACACGUCAUCCCCGGGCUCAUUGACAGCCACCUGCACUUGAUACCAGGAGGCCUCAGCCUGUCCCGCCUGGACCUCAGCCCAGCCGCCAGCAAGCAGCAGUUCAUCGCCGCGGUGGCGGCAGCCAGCACGCGCGUCCCGAGCGGCGGCUGGCUGCUGGGUGGUGGCUGGGACGAGAGCCGCUGGGGAGGCGAGCUGCCCAGCGCAACCUGGAUUGACCAAAUGACUCCCACCACCCCGACCUGGCUGGUGCGACACGACGCACAUAUGGGGCUUGCCAACUCCGCUGCGCUGCGGCUGGCGGGGAUCGGGCGCGACACCCCCGACCCGCCCGGCGGCGCCAUCCUGCGGCAGGGAGGCCCCGACGGGCAGCCCACCGGCCUGCUUACUGAUGCAGCCAUGCAGCUGCUGGCGGGUAUGCUGCAGCUGCAGCCAAUGCUGUUGGCAGCACCCCUGCGGCGGCGGCAGCGGCAGCAAGCCGUGGACCCAAACGCCGUGCCGCCGCCGCCGCAGGCAGCACCCCUGCGACGGCGGCGGCAGCAAGCCGUGGACCGAAACGCCGUGCCGCCGAGUCCCGUGGCUGUGGCCGUGGGCUUCUGGCAGGAAGCUACGGCCGCAGCUCGGAUCUCCUCAGUAGAUGAGCCCUGGGAAGACCAGUAA